GGACCGGAGGGAGUCACCUCAAGGGAGGCGUCCCCGGGCUCUGCCCCACUUCUGUGCUCCGGGGGCGAGGGGACCCGAGGUGGGCUGAGGAGGGCUGAGGGGACCCGAGGGGGCCCGGCCAGCCCCGGGCUGCUCCGUGGGGCCGUGCUUUGGGGUGAAGAGGGAGGAAGGGCGAACACAAGACAACACAACACGGAGCACGCCCAGCUGCUGGGCCGGGCUGGGCCGGGCCGGGCCGGGCGGAGCCGCCAGAGGGGCAGCGGGUGGGAGCGCUGCCAUGAAGCCCGGCCGUGACGUCACGCAGGUGCUGGGUGCUGUGGUCUCUGCCCUUGCCGUGACUGCCCAGCAUGGGGCCGGACCACGAAAAGGCUGAAUCCUGCCCUUCUCCCCUCGCUUGUAUGGACGGGACUUCCAACAACACAAACCUGAGCCUUUCCACGCCUGCUGGACUCAAGUACCGACUCUACCUCGGCCUGGCUUUGGCAGUAGGUUCCAGCAUCUUCAUUGGCUCCAGUUUCAUCCUGAAGAAGAAGGGCCUCUUGAGACUGGCUGCCAAAGGAGUCCCCAGAGCUGGACAGGGUGGACAUUCUUAUUUGAAGGAAUGGCUUUGGUGGGCUGGGCUACUAUCAAUGGGAUUAGGAGAAGCUGCAAACUUUGCUGCCUAUGCCUUUGCACCUGCAACCUUAGUUACCCCUUUGGGUGCACUGAGUGUUCUCAUAAGUGCUAUAUUGUCAUCCCACUUUUUAAAUGAAAGGCUGAAUAUUCACGGCAAGCUGGGCUGUGUACUGAGCAUUUUGGGGUCCACGGUCAUGGUUAUUCACGCCCCUGAGGAGGAGGAGGUCACUUCACUGGAUGAGAUGGAAAUAAAGCUGCAAGAUCCAGUGUUUGUUGCAUUUGCUGUUCUCCUGACAGUCGUUGCCCUCACUCUGAUUUUUAUUGUGGCUCCAAGGAGAGGUCAGACAAACAUACUGAUCUAUGUUUUAAUUUGCUCAUUUAUUGGUGCCUUCUCUGUCUCAUCUGUCAAAGGCCUGGGCAUUGCCAUUAAAGAAAUGCUGGAAAGGAAGCCGGUUUAUCGUCGUCCCCUGGUUUAUGUUUUGUUGGGAAUCCUCGUGCUCUCAGUCAGCACUCAGAUCAACUAUCUCAACAAAGCAUUGGACGUGUUUAAUACAUCUCUAGUGACACCUAUUUAUUACGUGUGUUUCACCACGACGGUGGUGACAUGCUCCAUCAUCCUGUUCAAAGAGUGGAGCAGUAUGGACCUGGAUAAUAUCAUUGGGACCCUUAGUGGAUUCUGCACUAUAAUCAUAGGCAUUUUUCUAUUACAUGCUUUCAAAAAUACUGAUAUCACCUGGAGUCAGUUGAUGUCCACCAUUGCGAAAGAACCAUCAUCGCCACAGCACGAAUACGAAACCUCUCAUACUUUACUAGAGAGCUUGGAAGACCCAGCUGUGGUUUUUGAGGAGGACAAUAUUUUAUUUACUCAAUGAAAUCUCAAGUGAUAGUUCCUCCUUCCAGUAUCACAGAUUGCAGACUCAGCCCAGCUGUGUCUACCAGAACAUUCAUCUUCGCUGCAAUCCUCUGGAAAAAUGUCUGUAAGGGGCGUUAAAUGUGGGGACACGGUUGUCUGUGUGUGCCAGCUGUUGGUAGUGAUGAAUGAAAAUGUUCAAUAAUUAACCUGACAGACAGAAAUGUGGUGGUUAUUAGGUGUCAAGCAAUGAAUAAGUUUGUCCAUUUUUUUUGUGGUAUCUCCUGUUCGAGAAUUUUAGCAAGAAAGAAUGAUCUUUGUAAACUGCGUUUACAAAAUGCAACUUUCCGAUCAUGAUUAAAGAUAAUACCCUAGCUAAAGUAACAAGCACUAUGUUAGUAACAGCUUUUGACCACCUACCAAUGAACCUUCAAUAGACAUCACAAAAAAGAAAAAUGAAAUGUGGUUCUUGGUAACCAGUCUCCCUCAGAGUCCAUGUAUAAAAAGCUAAGUGUUUUAGCUUUUCUACCUUAGGACUCCUGAAUGGAUUCCUAAUCCUGACUGUGCAUGUACUUUUUAUUUCAAAACAAUGACCAAGAUGCAUUUUAAGAAAAAUCAAGCUCACGUGAGCCAUUAAAGCAGUUGCUCUUAGCUUAAAAAAUUACAUAAGAUGAAAGAAUAAAUUAUUCAAAGGCAGCAAACCAGAAUGGACAGUUAAGAAUUUCCAUACUGUUUUAUACUACUUUGAGGAUUAAGACGGAAUUAACAUAUUUCCAUUUUUUUCCUAAUACAUCUAUUCAUCUGAACCCAGUUAGGCUUUUAGAAAGAUUUUCUCAUUUUCUAGAAAGGUUUGGCUUCCAGAAAGGUUGGUUUGUUAAAGGUGGUGUUUAACAGUAAAAGAGUAAUGUUAGUCUAUGUUCAGUUAUAAAGGCAAAAUCUGUUUUCCAAUCAGUGUGGUAUUUCUAAAAACACUAGAUAAAGGAAGAUCUAUAAAGAAUGCAUGAGAAACAUCAAAACAUUGAAGUUUUAUUUUGUCUUUUUAUUCUUCUCUAAAGAUGAGUAUUUAUCUCUACUAUGUGUUUUAGCUAUUAAUCUUCUGUAGACCUUGAAGAUCAGUAUCUGUACUGCUUUAUUUUUCUCAGUUGUGGUCACUGAUCUUUAUCAUCUCAUUAAAAGCAGUUUGCACAGCCCACGUUUUACUCAUUACAGUCCCCUUUUUUUGGCACUUUGUGAGCAAGAAUGCAGCUUCAGCAAGCAGAUGUGUGGAACGCAAGGAAUUCAAUGGAAAUGUUGUAUUUCCAUGUGUUUGGUUUUUCAGAAGCCUUGCCAGAGGAUGCUAGCAGUUGAGCAAGAAAGCUGGAUUCAUUAAAAAUGAAUUUUAAUCAGCUGAGAUUUAUAUGCCAAGCAGAACCUCUUCAUAGAGCAGGCUGUAUUUUCUUUAACAUUCAAAGAGUGGAGUAAAAGUUGACACUGUGUGUGGAUAAUGGAUUGUUCUGCAGAGAGAAAGCAACCAUUUUGUUCUUACAGGUAAAUAGUGGGCUGCUUGUAUUUCACGUUUGUGUUGUGUAAAGUUCAAUCUUGAUGUUGAAGUCAUGUACUUUUGAAAGAUGUUCAUGAAACAUCUCACUUGUUAAAGACUGUUCCUUUAUUUUAAUGAGGAUUUCAAAGCUAUCGAAACCUGAAAAGCAGCACUAGGGAUAUUAGCUUGAAGUUGUUUCUAAACUGCAAGCACCUUUUUUUUCACUUGUAUAGGUUUGUAGUUGGCAUAUGUACAGGAAUAAGUAGAAAUUGUAUCAAUCAUCUGCACCUUAUUUCCAAAUCCUUGUUUAUAAGAAGCAAAAACUGUGUAUUUGCUUACUGGACCUAUAUGUUUACUUUCAUGUAAAAAUAACAUCAUAAGAAAAAUGUUAUUUUUUUUUACCAUGUCAGAAAACUCAAGUUAUUGCUUAUUGUUGCAGUGUACAAGAGUUCUAUAAUGUUACAAAGUAAAUUAUUGAUUAUCUUUUGUAAAAAGACAUUUGCUAUAAGAGGUAUUAUUUUUGAAAAUGAUCAUAUUUAGUAAAUAAUUUCAGAGAAGUUUAAUUUUUUGAUGAAAUGAUACUAAUAGUUUUCUUGUACUAAAUUGCUCAUCAAUUAUGUACUGAAUGAUCUGUAUUUUGUAAAUAUGGGAAAAAAUGAGCAUGUUCAUAUUUCUGAUCAGCAAUUAAAUGCUAUCUGGUAGAUCCAAAGCAAA